UCUGAGUCCCGUUGCUAAUGCACGGCCGUUACGGCGUCCUUAGUGAGAGGCUUUUGAAUCUCAUUACCAGCCCCCUGCGCCACGCUGAAUUGAAGCCAUCACGCUACAGGUUGUAUUAUACUAUGCAAGUCUCCCACUCGGCAUUAUCGGGGGACCAAUUACUCAACCUAUGUUACGAGAGCAGCUAACUGGUGGAUUAUUACAAAACAGAAUGAGCUUGUGAACCAUGCGGAUUAAGGAUCUCUAAAAUAUUUUGCAUUUUGUGAUUUUCAUCUCGUUUGGAAGUAAAACACUGAUUAAAACAAAAGUCGUCUCAAUAUUUUUAUUGUGAUUCGGCUUGCCAGCCAAUUAAUAUUCGGAUUGUUGUUUUUCCAAUCCAAGACUUGUCAUCAGCAGAUUAAACAAUUCGAAGGACAACAUGGAUUUUAGGAUUUUACUUACUCUAUGCAUAUUGGUCGCCAUUUAUUCUUCUAGCUCAGAAGCAGUAGGAGAAUGUAACAGCUCUCCUUGCAGCAAUGGAGCAACUUGUUUGGAGGGCGAAGAUCACUUCAUCUGCGUUUGUGUUCCGCGCUACAUCGGGCCUACCUGCGAUACUCUAUUGGAUGUAUCAGUUUAUGACGGAACGUGUGGUGGAAGCUUCUUUGGUUCAGCUGGAGUUCUUACCUCUCCUGGUUUCCCGGGGGUAUACUCACCCAACGCACGAUGUCUUUAUCUAAUCGGAAUCCCCAACGCUCAGAACAUCCUGAUCACCAUUACUGCCUUUAACCUCGAAUUCAACAAGGAUUACUUAGAAAUUGGCAGUGGCGAUUUCGGGCCAUUAUCGGGUCGCCUCCAGCAGCUCACAGGAAAUAGCUUAUCAUUGCCGUACGAAGUAACGGUCAGCAACCGCCAAGCUUGGCUCUACUUCUACAGUGAUGUAAACAACGAAGAACAGGGUUUUCAAGUCCAGUACAUCGCAGAUCUGGAUGCAUGCGCUUCGUCUCCAUGUCAAAACUCGGGCACGUGUGUUGAUGGAGAUUUUUCAUUCAACUGUGUAUGUACAUCUGGUUGGACUGGGGAUACAUGUAACACGAAUAUUGAUGAGUGUGCCAGUGAUCCUUGUCAAAACGGAGCUACUUGCAGUGAUCAGAUCAAUGGAUAUGUCUGCUCUUGCGAUUCUGGCUGGACGGGUACACACUGCGACAUUAACAUUAAUGAAUGUUCUAGCGACCCAUGCGCCAACGGAGGAUCUUGUGUUGAUGGUGUCAACAGCUUUGCGUGUACAUGUCUGUCGGGAUACACUGGUACACUUUGCGAAACAGAUAUUGACGAGUGCGCCAGCAAUCCUUGUUUUAAUGGAGCGACCUGUGAGGAUCAGGUCAACCAAUAUACAUGCUCAUGUGCUUCGGGGUGGACAGGUGUACACUGUGAACUCGAUAUCGAUGAAUGUAACAGCAACCCUUGUAGGAAUGGAGCCACUUGUUUUGAUAGCAACAAUGCAUAUAACUGCAGAUGUGCACCUGGGUAUACAGGAACUAAUUGCGAAUCAGAUAUUAACGAGUGUGCAAGCCAGCCUUGUCUGAAUUUGGGUGUAUGUCAAGAUGCAGUUAAUGGAUACACCUGCGUCUGUAGCGACGGAUACACGGGAACAAACUGUGACCAAAAUAUUGAUGAGUGUACAAGUUCACCAUGCAUAAACGGUAAUUGUGUUGAUGGGAUCAACCGUUACUCCUGUAAUUGUGACCCCGGCUGGCAUGGAAUCAAUUGUGAUCUGGAUUAUGAUGAAUGUGGAGUUUCGCCGUGUCAUAAUGGAGGCGGUUGUAUCAAUGGACUUAACAUGUUCACGUGUGUUUGUACUGCUGGCUGGACGGGUACAACAUGUCUGGAAGAUGUGGACGAAUGUGAAAGCAGUCCCUGUGUGAAUGCUAUUGGAUGUACCAACGGUCGGAAUUUAUAUACCUGUACGUGUCGUAAUGGAUGGACCGGAACAAACUGCGAUGUUGACAUCAACGAAUGUAUCAGCAACCCGUGCAACAAUAGUGGUCUAUGCAUCAAUGGAGAUAACAUGUAUACUUGUGAUUGUCAAAACGGCUUCGAGGGAGUUCAUUGUGAAAUAGAGAUUGAUGAAUGUUUAAGUCGGCCAUGUCAGAAUAACGGAGAAUGCACAGAUCAGAUCAAUGGGUAUACAUGUAACUGUUUACUUGGAUUUGAAGGACCACAAUGUCAAUUCGAGAUCGACGAAUGCGCAAGUAACCCUUGCUUCUUUGGUGAUUGUAUUGAUAUGAUUGCCCGCUAUUCAUGUGUCUGUGCGGUCGGCUACACUGGAAUAACAUGUAGAGAGAAUGUUAAUGAAUGUGAUAGCAACCCCUGUCUCAACGGAGGGAGCUGUGACGAUCUGCUGGCGGCGUAUCAGUGCGCAUGUGCGUCAGGAUGGACUGGUGAUACAUGCCAGCAAAACAUCAAUGAAUGUGAAAGCUCACCGUGUCAAAAUGGUGGAAACUGUGCGGAUUCGGUCAAUGGUUACAUCUGCUCUUGUAUGGCAGGCUACACGGGAACAUUCUGCCAAACAGAAAUCAACGAAUGUGACUCGACUCCUUGCCAGAAUGGUGCACAGUGCACGAAUUUGAUAAAUGCUUAUUCUUGCAUUUGCACCUUCGGGUAUACGGGUGCCCAGUGCCAGACAGAUAUCAAUGAGUGUGGCAGUAGUCCAUGUCAAAACAGUGGGAACUGCAUUGACCAAGUCAAUGGAUAUCUGUGUAACUGUCUGGAUGGUUUCACUGGAACACAUUGCGAAACGAACAUUUUGGAAUGUGCCAGUAACCCUUGUCAGAAUGGUGCGUCGUGCGUGGAUAGAGUGAAUGGCUAUCAAUGUAACUGUGCCAAUGGUUGGGUUGGAACACGCUGUGAAACUAACUUCAAUGAAUGCGCCAGCAACCCUUGUCUUAAUGGAGCGUCUUGUGUGGAUGGUCUGAAUCAGUUCACAUGUACAUGCCCUGGUGGUUGGACCGGAACAACCUGUGAUAUAGAUAUUGAUGAGUGCAACAGUUCACCAUGUCGCAAUGGUGCUCAGUGUCAAAACUUAUUAAAUCGCUAUCAGUGUGUAUGUGCUUCUGGAUGGCAAUCUACCAAUUGUGACGUUGAUUUUAAUGAAUGUGCUUCCAACCCUUGUCAAAACGCUGGUACCUGUAUCAAUCAACAAAACAGAUAUACAUGUACAUGCCAACCAGGAUGGGACGGGACUAACUGCCAGCUAAAUAUCGAUGAGUGUUUCAGUGGACCCUGUUUUAAUGGAGCAACUUGUAACGAUCUGAUAAACGGAUAUGAGUGCGAAUGUGCACCAGGGUGGAAUGGCACUACGUGUGGAGACGACAUCGACGAAUGUCUUUCGAACCCAUGUCAAAACGGUGCACCAUGCUCCAACCAAGAAAAUAGAUUUGUCUGCACCUGUCCCCCAGGGUAUGAUGGCGAUAUGUGUGAGAAUGAUAUCAACGAAUGCAACAGUUCUCCCUGUGAGAAUGGGGCUACAUGUACAAACCUCAUCGAUGGAUUCACUUGUGAUUGUCGGAAUGGUUACGGAGGAGUCAGAUGUGAAAUCGAAAUCAAUGAGUGUGAAAGUGACCCAUGUUUGAAUGGAGCUGAUUGUAAUAAUAACCUUGGUGCCUGGGAGUGUUUCUGCGCCCCUGGAUUUACCGGAAUCAUGUGUCAAUCAGAUAUUGAUGAGUGUGUGUCUUCUCCGUGCCAGAAUAAUGGAACUUGUCUCAAUGAAAGGAACCACUACACAUGUGAAUGCAUGGACGGCUACCAGGGCUAUAACUGCGAAACAGAAACCAACGAAUGCUACAGCAACCCGUGUACCAAUGGAGGAACCUGUACCAAUCUCAUUAAUGAGUUUGAGUGUGCUUGUCUUUCUGGUUUUACUGGAGAUCGAUGCCAAAUAGAAAUCGACGAAUGCAGUAGUGCACCAUGUUUGAAUUCUGCCACCUGUGUGGAUCUAGUGAACGGAUAUAGAUGUGACUGCCCUCCCGGCUGGACAGGAAACACUUGUAAUACGGAUAUUGAUGAAUGUGCAAGUUCGCCUUGUCAAAAUAGUGGUGUUUGCAACAACGGUCAAAAUGAAUACACUUGUAGGUGCAUCAACGGAUGGCAAGGAAUAAACUGCAAUGAUGAUAUAAAUGAGUGUCUAAGUAACCCGUGCGAGAAUGGUGGCGAGUGUAUCAACCUUAAUGACGCCUUCAAUUGCAGAUGCCCAACAGGCUACAUCGGAAGCACUUGCGGGAUAGACUACAAUGAGUGCAACAGUCAACCGUGUCUCAAUGGAGGGACCUGUUAUGAUCAGAUCGGAUCGUUUUUAUGUGUCUGUGAUAGAGGUUGGACUGGAACUAACUGUAACACGGACAUCGAUGAUUGUGCAAGCGAUCCUUGUCAAAAUGGUGGUGCAUGUAAUGAUUAUCUCAACCGAUAUGAAUGUAUAUGCGCAAGUGGAUAUGAUGGAACUAAUUGUCAAAUAGAUCAAGAUGAGUGCGCCAGCAACCCUUGUAUCAAUGGAGGAGUAUGUACGGAUGGACCAAACAUGUUUACUUGCGCAUGCCCAAGUGGCUGGACUGGGCAGACAUGUCAAUUAGAUUUUGACGAAUGCGCAAGUGUGCCUUGUGGAAACAAUGGUGUCUGUCAGAAUGAAUUUAAUCUCUACACUUGUGAAUGCCAAGCUGGUUUUACCGGAAGCAACUGUGAAAUAAAUAUUGAUGAAUGUGCAAGUGCACCGUGUAUGUUCCUUGGAUCAUGUAUCGAUCAGGCUAAUGGAUAUUCGUGUAACUGCAGACGAGGGUUUUCUGGAACAAAUUGCGAAAUUGACGAAAAUGAAUGUCUCAGCAACCCUUGCCACAACGGAGGAACAUGCAGGGAUCAGCCGGGUUUCUUUUUCUGUACCUGUCCUCUUGGUUAUAGUGGAAUAUUCUGCCAAAUAAAUGAUGAUGAUUGCGACUCCUCUCCUUGUUUGAAUGGGGGUUCGUGUUUUGAUCGAGUAAACGAAUUCCUUUGUGUGUGUACAUCCGGAUGGACGGGAAACCAAUGCCAGUCAGGUGUCGAUGAAUGUUCCAGCGAUCCGUGUCUCAAUGGAGCCGCCUGUUUGGAUGGGAUCAAUUCAUAUACAUGCAUAUGUCCCCAAGGAUUUGAAGGCAAUAUAUGCCAAACCAAUAUCAAUGAGUGCACUCCGGAUUCCUGUGUAAAUGGCGUCUGUCAAGAUGGAAUAAACUCUGUCACAUGCCUAUGUCCAGAGGGAUAUACAGGCGCACAAUGUGAAACAUACAUCGCAACAUCAUGCGAAGAUAUCGUGACUGUGUCGUCAUGUCGGUUUGUCGAGAUACAAUCACCUGGUUAUCCAUCUCCGUACGAAAACAACGCAGACUGUUUUUGGUUUUUGAAGUCUCCUGAAAGCACCAGGAUGCGAAUCGUCUUCAUCGCAUUCUCCCUGGAAGGGGAGUACGACUACGUUCAGAUCGGGGAUGGAACGGACUUCGACAAUCCUGUUUGGCAGUUUUCGGGCGAUGAGCGUCCAAACCCGCCGGUGUACACACAAUCGAAUCGGGCUUGGAUUCGCUUCACGACUGACGAUUCCAAAGGUGAUAUCGGAUUUUCCCUGGAAGUUCAAGACGAAUGCUACCCGGGUAGCCAGUACGCCUGUCUUAGUAACCCCUGUAUGAAUGGAGGACAGUGUAUGGACCAAGGAGCCGACUACGACUGCACAUGCGCAUCGGGAUUCACUGGAACAAACUGUGAAAUCGCUAUUGCCAACGUACCAUGUAUCAGCAACCCGUGUUAUAAUAAUGGUGUGUGCAGUAAUCUCGUAAAUGGUUUUUCGUGCACAUGUAUGCUCGCCUGGACUGGUCGACAGUGUCUUACACCUGUUAACCCAUGCGACCCGUUCCCUUGUGUGAAUGGAGGGACUUGCCUGGCAGAUGGAUCAUGUAAUUGCCCACCAGGAUUUGUUGGAGACAACUGUGGGAUUAUAGAUGCUUGCAAUUCAAACCCAUGUUUGAAUAACGGAGGCUGCGAGACUACCUCAACUGGAUUCAACUGCACAUGCGCAGCAGGGUUUUCAGGUGACCGAUGUGACAGACGAUCAUGUAGUGUUCCUCCAGAGAAGGAUUGUUUCAAUGGUGGCACAUGCUAUGUAAACACAGUAACUACUGAAGCUUUUUGUGAUUGCCCACCAACUUGGACCGGUGAUAUAUGCCAAACAGAUACAGAUGAAUGCCUUACAAGCAACCCAUGUCAAUCCUUCCAGGAGUGUACAAAUACGGUCGGUGGUUUCACUUGUGCAUGCCGCAGUGGAAGGACUGGUCUUCAAUGCUUAGACGAUAUUGAUGAGUGUGCAAGCAGCCCUUGUCAGAAUAGCAGACCGUGUAUUAAUGGUGACAAUCAAUAUACAUGCGUUUGUGCACCAGACUAUUUAGGCACUAAUUGCGAAGUACAAGCUGGUUGUACAAGUAAUCCUUGUCUGAAUGGAGCAGCUUGUAUCCCUAAUGGAGCAGCUUAUACCUGUCAGUGUGAGACUGGCUUCGAGGGAGAUAAUUGUCAAACAGUUGCAGGCUCAUCAUCGAGCAGUGUCCUGGAAGUCUUACAAGAGCCUAAGUGGAUCGCAACUAUCGUUGGUGCUGUUUUGGGUAUCAUAUUUAUUAUCGUCGUCUGCACUGUCCUCGUCAAGACUUGCCAAUCAAAUAAAAAUCGUCGAAUCCGUUAUGAUGCUGAGCAGGCGGCUCGUCACCAUGGCGACGGUGCUUUAGAUGACGGGAGAUUAUCAGCAAUGUCUCGUCAGCAUGGUAUUCCCUCAUCAGCUAGCAAGAAUCAUGCUGAUGAUAAUCUCUAUGGCUUUCUUCCUCCAGAUAAUGGCGCUCACGCAACGGUUGCUGAGGUGAAUAGUUAUGAAGCACCUUGGCCAAUCACAACAGACGAAUUUGAGCCACCAAGGACGGUAUUAUAGACUACUCAAGCAAUGUA